AUGUCGACUUUAACAUUUGAUACCGAGCAAUAUGAUUCCAUCGAAUGGCCUGUGGAACAAAGGGAAGAGGAUGCCACAAUCAUGUUGCCCAUACAAGACCAAUGCGAAGGCGUUUGUUUCCCUCCUUCUGACCAAGAGCUGGGUGCAAUAAUGAUGGCAACAAGCGAUAUCCCACAGCAUACCGACGCAAUUAUGAUCCCGAUACAAGAUCAUCGUCUAACAGCAUCAAACAUGUUUAAAAUGGCCGCCAACGUGGCCAAAAUCAUUGUUGUUUAG